AUGGAUCAAGAAAUGCCACAGGUAGAUUCAGAAAAUGGGUCAGCAAAGGAAGUAAUAUCCGAGUACGACUGGAACGAGAUGUUUAAGAAAGGAAAGUUCAAAAAGGAAGACAUGAAUACGCUGGUUAUGGAUUUUCUUGUGAACAAACUUCAUACCAAUGUUGCGGAAACGUUUCAUACAGAAUCUGGCUGCCCAUUGGGAAUUGAAGAUAUUUCUUUUAUAGAAACACAAAAGACAGUUAAAGAACUUAUCUACAAGCGACAAUUCGAUGAAGUCAUUAGUCUUCUUAAUCAAAAACUAGGCUUGAGUUUCUUGGAAAGUAACCCACAAGUACGUUACCUUUUGGACCAGCAAAAGAUGAUUGAAUUGUAUCGUUCGGGUGAUAUAUAUACCAACGUUGCAUUGGACUUUUCCCACGAGUUUAAAAUGUGGGCAGAUUUUAUGGUCAAUGAUGAUGACUUUGAUAAAGAUUGUUUUGAAACUUUGCUUCUAAUUCUUUCCGGAGAUGAUAAAGAAGUCCUUGUAGAUGACCUAUUGCAUCCCUGGAGGAUAUCGUGGGUCGUCGUAUCCACACUAAAAGCAAUGAUCAAGUUCCGUGGCCGUGAACAAGACCACUUGAUAGGAAAAGCACUGAAGAUGUUGAAAGCAGUCGAGGAUGAGCUGAAUGAAGAUGUCGAAUUUCCAAAUUUCUAUAUCGGUAGUGGCUACCCUGAACCUCUUCCUCAUCCAGAUGGGCCCUUCAAGAACUUUUUUCAAACUGUUGAUGAUGACUACAAAGAUUGUUAA